AUGGAUGUAAUUUCUCGUUGUGCACUCCUGUUACAUGCCCUGUCAUGUCAUCUGCUCUGCUCCCUGCAUACCAUGGCACGCACCCCCUCACCCCACCACAUCAUCCCAUCCCACGCCCCCCCAUGCCGCGCCAUGGCACAGCGCAUGGGCAUGGCACGCAUGGGCAUGGCAGUGAGUGCCAGCAUGAUGGAGUAUGCCACAUUCGCCGGCGGCGCAUACAUCUUCCAACCCUCCAAGCCAGCCAUGCCCAUCACCUCCACCAACGCCACCUACCAGGUGCCCAUUCACAUCCAGCGUGGACCAAUCGUGGAGGAGUUCAGCCGCCAGAUCACUCCAUGGAUCUCUGAGGUCUUCAGAGUGUAUCCAGGGGGGGACUACGCUGAGCUGCACUAUUCCGUGGGUCCGCUGCCCGCCAAGCAACCCAACCACGAGGUGGUGACUCGCUUCGUGUCGCCCAUCAACAGCAGCAAGGCCUUCUACUCCGACUCCAAUGGCCGCAGCUACCUCAAGCGGGUGAGACGUUGUUUGUUGUUUGUUGUGUACACACACAGUCCGUGUUGGCGCCUGGAAGCUCUCUUCAAUGCGCCCAUCAACAGCAGCAAGGCCUUCUACUCCGACUCCAAUGGCCGCAGCUACCUCAAGCGGGUGAGACGUUGUUUGUUGUUUGUUGUGUACACACACAGUCCGUGUUGGCGCCUGGAAGCUCUCUUCAAUGCGCCCAUCAACAGCAGCAAGGCCUUCUACUCCGACUCCAAUGGCCGCAGCUACCUCAAGCGGGUGACUUUUGAGUCGACUCAAAAGUCACCAGGUGGCAAAUGCUCCUAUGGACGUGCCCAACAUACCACCUACAUCAGCCCAGCAUCCCACACACCAUUCCACCAUCCCCACCAUCCUCACCAUCCCCACCAUCCCCACCAUCCCCACCAUCCCCACCAUCCCACCAUCCCCACCAUCCCCACCAUCCCCACCAUCCCCACCAUCCCCACCAUCCCACCUUCCCCACCAUCCCCACCAUCCCCACCAUCCCACCAUCCCACCAUCCUCACCAUCCCCACCAUCCCCACCAUCCCCACCAUCCCCACCACCACCACCACCACCACCACCACCACCACCACCACCACCACCACCACCACCACCACCACCACCACCACCACCACCACCACCACCACCACCACCACCACCACCACCACCACCACCACCACCACCACCACCACCACCACCACCACCACCACCACCACCACCACCACCACCACCACCACCACCACCACCCCGCGUUCAGGUGGUGGACUACCGGUGGUGGACUACCGGUCUGACUGGGACCUCAAUGUCACCGACCCCAUCGCAGGGAACUACUACCCGCUUACGGUCGGGGCUUUCAUAAAGGACAAAGAAGCCCAGUUGUCCGUGCUUGUGGACCGGGCGGCAGGCGCUGCCAGCCUGGCAUCCGGCCAGAUAGAGGUCAUGCUACACAGGAAGCUGAGUUCGCUGGAUGGCAAGGGCGUGGGGGAACUGCUGCAGGAGAGCAAAGCACGUCUGAAGCUGAGUUCGCUGGAUGGCAAGGGCGUGGGGGAACCGCUGCAGGAGAGAAUCGCACUGGGCAACAGGACCCGCUCCCUCACCGUUGUGGGCUCGCUGCGCUUUGGGCUGCAUCUUAACACAGGCUCUGAAGAAAGAGCAGGGGAGCAUGAAGGGGAGCAAGGGGAAGAGCGUGUGGGGCUUGGGGCAGGGAAGCGAGUGGAGGAGGCAGCACGCACAGCACCUCCUAACCCCUCUGCAGCUCUCGUUUGCGGUUGA